CUCUCUACCUCUGUGAAGUCUGAAGACCCUAAACUGCACUUCUCUCAGUCUUCUCUGUUUGUCCGUCGACUCCAUCCUUCCUCGGCCUUGACGAGAUUACUGAAUGGUCGAAUAGAUGGGUAGAUGCAACACAGACACAGACUUCCAUUCUCUCCCCUAAGAGCUAAGAGAAGAGAAAGACCACAAAAGACAAACAUAAAAAGAGAAAAAAGAAACCCAAUUGAACCCUCAGCACAUAAACACUUGUUUCCCAAACAAUGACCAAACAAGCAACUACUCCACUCAUCCCAGCAAAGAGGAGUUCUACACUUCUAUCAGUAAUGGUACAGGAAGCGACCCUUUUCUUCUAAUUACAUAACCCUCUCUUCUGUUCCAUCUAAAGUGAGAAACCCAGCUGUUUUAUAGAGUUUUAGACUUCCAGUGAUAGGGAUCCCUAUAGACCAAGCCUCUCCAUCUGAAGGCUUUUAUCAACUCCACAACUAUACCCAUCUCCCUUUGGCAGACAAAAGGAAGAACACAAAACCCUGUUCAGUUUUUGACUUUUCUUAUAGCAGUAAACCCUAGAGCCAGCCGUUCCUUCUGAAUGGAUCUUUUUAACUCCACCGCCAUUCCCACACCCUCCAAUUCCUCCUGCCUCACAAAAAAGAGAAACCCAUACGAUCCUUUGGUGUUUUAAGUAGCUAGCUAGGGCAUUGUUUGUAUUUUUUUUUUCCUUUUCUUUUCUCCCUUUUGUUCUGCAUGGAGGGCUUCAACACCUCCGCAGCCAUACCCAUGUCUACCUUUUCUACUACAACGACAAGCAGUUGCAGUAGUGGUACUAAUAUCACCACCAACACUACUACUACUCUUAACCCUACUAGUCCUUGGAUGGACAGCAGGAUAUGGAGCAAGCUCCCUCAGAGGCUAAUCGAUCGAGUACUCGCCUUUCUCCCACCACCGGCCUUCUUUCGGGCGAGAUCAGUCUGUAAACGAUGGUAUAGCCUCCUAUUUUCCGACAGCUUUCUUGAAAUGUAUCUGCACAUAUCGCCACGGUGCUAUUGGUUCCUAUUCUUCAAGCACAAAAGCCUCAAGAGCUACAUCUAUAAGAGUGGAAACAGCGGAGGUGGCGACGAUAGGGACAACUGUGAAGGAUAUCUCUUCGACCCUAACGAGUGCACAUGGUACCGCCUUCCGUUUGAGUUGGUGCCGUCGGGGUUCUCUCCAGCGUCUUCUUCAGGUGGUUUGAUCUGUUGGGUCUCCGACAACGCUGGAGCCAAGAGCCUAAUUCUCUGCAACCCACUUCUCAAAACAGUCACCCAAUUGCCUCCGACACUAAGACCCAGGCUCUUCCCUUCGAUCGGCCUAACGGUGGGCGCUUCCUCCAUCGAUGUCGUCGUAGCCGGAGACGACUUAAUUUCUCAGUUUGCCGUCAAGAAUUUAACAACUGAGAGCUUUCACGUCGAUGGUGGAGGGUUCUUCUCCAUCUGGGGCACCACCUGUCCCCUCCCAAGACUGUGUAGUCUGGAAUCCGGGAGAAUGGUGUUCGUCAAUGGCCGACUCUACUGCAUGAAUUACAGUCCAUUCAGUGUGUUGGCUUACGAUAUUGCAGCCAAUGAGUGGAGCAAGAUACAAGCACCAAUGCGAAGGUUCCUUCGGUCGCCGAGCUUGGUAGAGUGCCGAGGGAGACUGGUGUUGGUGGCCGCGGUGGAGAAGAGUAAGCUGAACGUGCCGAGAAGUAUGAGACUCUGGGGCUUGCAAGGUUGCGGAACGACGUGGGUGGAGGUCGAAAGGAUGCCGCAGCAGUUAUACGCUCAGUUCUCGGAGGCAGAAGCCGGCAAAGGGUUUGACUGUGUGGGACACGGAGAUUUCAUCACAAUUACAAUUCAAGGAACAGACAUGGUGUUGCUCUAUGAUUUCUACAGGAAAGCGUGGCAAUGGAUACCUCCGUGUCCAUUUAUCCGUCGCAGCGUGGGUGGAGAAGGAGGAAGCCGCAGUACUGGAAGCGACGGUGGCGGUGGUGGUGGACUGCAUGGUUUUGCAUACGAGCCGCGGAUUGUUACACCGGCUAUAGGGCUCAUUGAUCAGUCUUCACUUCCUUUUCAGUCCUUCAAUGGCUAGUAUGUUUGGAUUUGGUAAGUAGUGGUAGAUCAAUAAUAUAGAUCAGUUACAACUGAAGCAUCUACAUAAUCUAUUCUCUAGCUAGUUGUGGUUUUAAAGUAGGGUAGUAGCUAGGCUCCUGGUAGCAGGUAGGCGUAGCUGCAGGUGUUUGGGGAUGAAUCAGCAGAGACUGUGUGCUGUUUGGUUAUCUAUCUUCAAUAUAUAUAAUCAAAUCUCAGACACUCUGUCUUUAAUGACUGGAGAGAAAAGCUUGGCAAUCAUAAUAGCUAGGUUAAGACUUAAGAGGUGGUGGGGAUACAGGAAGUCAGGAACAGUGAUUGUUCUCAAAGGAAUCACAUCCAUGCACGUUGUGGGUUUGGUCCCCAGUGCCCGCUUCUGCUUCUCUGGCUUGUAACUUGUGACUUUGACUGAUCAUAUA